AUGAGUUUUGUAUAUCAAUAUACGCAGUUUGCGCAGCUGAUUUCUACCGUUCAAAAUGAUAAGAACACCAUUUCAAUUAGUACUCAGACGGAUACUUUAGCUCGUGAACAAUUCGUUAACUUUGCACAUUUUUUUGCAACUGGUACUGCUUUUCUCGUUCGAUCUUCCUAUGGACAACCUAUCAAUGCACUCAGUGAUCUAUGCGGCAAAAGAGUUGUAGUACAGGCUACAUCAAUUCAAGAAAUAGAUCUUAAAACUCAAAAUUCGAAAUGUGGAGGAAAUAACAUAACAAUCCAAAGUGUCCCAUCAAGAGCCAACCUAAUAAACGCCGUUCAAAGUGGCACAGCUGAUGUAGCCGUUUAUGAUGAAGCUCCACUUCACGUAGUUGCUAGUCAAUCAAAUAAUGCACUAAAAGUAGUUGGACAGCCAUAUGAUGUUCAACCUUAUGGUAUUUUAUGUAACCAACAAAAUUCAGUAUUAUGUUGUGCAUUGGUUGAUGCUAUAAAUUAUCUGAUUCAACAAGGCACCUAUGAGCAAUUAUUGGCUAAGUAUUCAUUUUCCUAUAAAAAUAACGGCGUUUGUCCAUCGAGAGUUAAUUUAAAUGGAACAACCUGCUUAACAACAUGUACGCCGAGCGCAAGUUAUUGUACGAGCAAAUUCAGUUAA